AUGGCCAGCAGGGAAUCGCAGGCGUCGAAAUCCUAUAGACCCAAAGGGAAGAGUAAGUACAUUCAAUCGCAGAUCCAGUUUACCUCUGCUACUGGUGCAAGUAAGGUCACAAAAUGUACGAAGUGUGAGAUGACUUAUGCGAGGGAUUCGGUGGAGGACAUUGCAUCGCACCACCAGUACCAUGAUAUGCACUUGAGGGGCAGGAAAUGGCAGGCAGGAUGGGGCCAUCCGGUGAGCAUACCGAACGGUAUUCCGUCCCCGCCGUCAUCCUCAUCUUCACUGUCCCAUGCCCGAAAGAAUAGCAAUUUGGCGAAUAGUAAAAUAGUAUUCAUUAGACCGAAUCACGCUGGUGAGAUAAAUGCCACACUAGAUAUAAUGCAAAUAGUAAACGAUGAAUUGAGUGCUCCACAAGAUGAGAACGGAUUUUGGAGUGGGAUCAAUCAGACCACUUUACAAGGGAAAGCAUUCGUUUACGUUAAGAACAACAGAGCUGCAGGGGUUAUCACCGUGGAGGUCCUUGAACCCGGUAGAGGUAGGUGGAUGGUAUAUAGGGAUAAGAGCAUAGUACAGAGCGUCAAACCCAAUUUUAUCUUGGGAAUAUCUAGGAUUUGGGUCUGUAGAAGCGAAAGGGCCCAAGGUAUUGCUACUAAAUUGCUUGAGGCAGCUAGACUGCAUACAAUAACAGACAAUCCAAUUGAAAAACAUUACAUGGCAUGGAGCCAACCGUCUGAAAGCGGUGGCAGAUUAGCGUUGCGUUAUAACAGCAUGAAGCAUGCUUCAGGGGAAACCCUGAUUCCAUGUUACCUCUAA